CAGAGGCUCGGCGGCCGCCGGACGGGGCGGACGUCGGGGCGGCGACUCCCGGAGCGGCGGGGGGUGGGGAGGAGGCGCUAUGGCCGACGUGUUCCCGGGCUCCGAGCCCGGCGCCGACCCGGAGGCGGCGCGGCGCUUCGCUCGCAAGGGCGCCCUGAGGCAGAAGAACGUGCACGAGGUGAAGGAGCACAAAUUCAUCGCGCGCUUCUUCAAGCAGCCCACCUUCUGCAGCCACUGCACCGACUUCAUCUGGGGAUUUGGGAAGCAAGGAUUCCAGUGCCAAGUUUGCUGUUUUGUGGUUCACAAGAGGUGCCAUGAGUUCGUUACCUUCUCCUGUCCUGGGGCUGACAAGGGGCCUGACACUGAUGAUCCCAGAAGCAAGCACAAGUUCAAGAUCCACACCUAUGGGAGCCCCACCUUCUGUGACCACUGUGGGUCUCUGCUCUAUGGGCUCCUGCACCAGGGGAUGAAAUGUGACACCUGUGACAUGAACGUUCACAAGCAAUGUGUGAUAAACGUCCCAAGCCUCUGUGGCAUGGACCACACAGAGAAGAGAGGAAGGAUUUAUCUGAAGGCUGAAGUCACUGGUGACAAACUGGAAGUUACAGUGAGAGAAGCAAAAAACCUCAUUCCCAUGGAUCCAAAUGGACUUUCAGAUCCUUAUGUCAAACUGAAGCUCAUCCCAGAUCCUAAGAAUGAAAGUAAACAAAAAACAAAAACCAUCCGCUCUACCCUGAAUCCCGACUGGAAUGAGUCGUUCACGUUUAAAUUAAAACCUACAGACAAAGAUCGCCGGUUAUCCGUGGAGGUCUGGGACUGGGAUCGAACCACCAGGAAUGAUUUCAUGGGCUCACUCUCUUUUGGGGUGUCAGAGCUUAUGAAAAUGCCAGCCAGUGGAUGGUACAAGCUGCUGAAUCAAGAAGAGGGUGAAUACUACAACGUUCCAAUUCCAGAUGCUGAUGAAGAUGGGAAUGCAGAGCUCCGACAGAAGUUUGAGAAAGCCAAACUUGGGCCAGCUGGUAACAAAGUCAUUACUUCAACAGAAGACAAGAACUCAAGUGUGCCAUCCAACAAUCUGGACAGGGUGAAGCUGACAGAUUUCAACUUCCUCAUGGUUCUUGGAAAGGGGAGCUUUGGGAAGGUGAUGCUGGCAGACAGGAAGGGCACAGAGGAGCUCUAUGCAAUCAAAAUCCUGAAAAAAGACGUGGUGAUCCAGGAUGAUGAUGUGGAGUGCACCAUGGUUGAGAAACGAGUGCUGGCACUGCAAGAUAAGCCCCCAUUCCUGACACAGCUGCACUCUUGUUUCCAGACAGUUGACCGGCUGUAUUUUGUGAUGGAGUAUGUCAAUGGUGGGGAUCUCAUGUAUCACAUCCAGCAAGUAGGAAAAUUUAAGGAGCCCCAAGCAGUGUUCUAUGCAGCUGAGAUCUCAAUUGGGUUAUUCUUUCUCCAUAACAGAGGGAUUAUUUAUAGAGAUCUGAAAUUAGAUAAUGUGAUGCUGGAUUCAGAAGGACACAUUAAAAUUGCUGACUUUGGAAUGUGCAAGGAGCACAUGUUAGAUGGAGUAACAACCAGGACCUUCUGUGGCACUCCAGACUACAUUGCACCAGAGAUUAUUGCUUACCAGCCCUAUGGGAAGUCUGUGGAUUGGUGGGCAUAUGGUGUGCUGCUCUAUGAGAUGUUGGCUGGCCAGCCUCCAUUUGAUGGGGAAGACGAAGACGAACUAUUCCAGUCCAUCAUGGAGCAUAAUGUUUCCUACCCAAAAUCACUGUCCAAAGAAGCAGUCUCCAUCUGCAAGGGGCUGAUGACAAAACAUCCUGCAAAACGCCUUGGCUGUGGUCUGGAAGGUGAAAGAGACAUCAGGGAACAUGCUUUCUUCAGGAGAAUUGACUGGGAAAAAUUGGAGAACAGAGAGAUUCAGCCACCCUUCAAACCUAAAGUGUGCGGCAAAGGGGCUGAAAACUUCGAUAAGUUCUUCACGCGAGGACAGCCGGUGCUGACGCCUCCAGAUCAGCUGGUCAUUGCCAACAUAGACCAAACAGAUUUUGAAGGGUUCUCUUACGUCAACCCCCAGUUCAUGCACCCCCUUGUAGAAAAUGUAGCAUGAAACAGCAGAACAAAUCCCGCCGUGGGGAGCAGUUGUAACCCUACAAUUUUUAGGCUUUCGCCUCGUUGAUUCCAUUUGGGCCUGGAAAUUGUAGGGUUAGAGGGUGGAAGAUGAGGGAAGGGCCACUUAGUGAGGAUUUGGGCUUUGCAGCAGCAAUGUUGUCUUAACAGGAGAUAAAUUAGUGUACGGUGCCCACUUUUUCUUCUAGAAGUCACCACUGACUUGUCGAAACUUACCCAGGUUUUGGUACGCUCGAUAUUUUGUAAUUUCCCACUGUCCUUUUGCUCUCUUUCCACUCCAUUGUGUUGGAAAAACAUCUGACACGUGGUCUGAAUGAGGAGCCCCCUCGAGUAUUUACUCCUUGGAGGUGGAUGCCAGGAGGUGGGAGCUCCUCCCCAGAGACUGAGCGGGGUCAGCUCCAGGGGGGAGAGGCAUUGCAAAAACAGCACUGAAAGUGUUUGUAGAAUAUGGCAGGGAAAAAAAAAAUUGGGAAUGGGUGGGAGGGGGAAUGAAAUCAAAUUAGACCCUGAAGUUUGGUGAACUGAUCCUGUAAAAUCCCAAAUAAAAGCACUGAGGUGGUGGCCGCGUCUCUAGGAUUUGUGCUAGGAGUAGCAUGUGAUAAACUCGAGGGUGAAAUUUUGUCUUUAAUAAUAAUGAUAAUAGUAAUAAUUUUAAUAAUACUUUUGUGAAUUUUUAAUCUCCAUGAGAUUAUUCUGUGAUCCAGGGUGCCAUUGUCUGUUCAGUUGGUUUCAUUUACACCACUCCUCAAGUUUACUGUUAACUGGUUCUAAUACCAAUAUUUUACUAUGAAAUUUAUUAACCUGGAAUGUAAAACAAAACUGUAAUUCCUUAUAUCUUAUUUACAUGUGUUUAUUUAUAGUCUGCAGUGUAGGACAGUAAAUUGAAGAAAGCAUUAUAUAUCCUAAAUUAACAAAAAAUGCAGCCCCAAGUGACUUCCUGAUUUUUCCAGAAUAACUCAUGAAAAUCAAGGGAGAUUUAGUCUUAAAUAAUCGGUUUUAAUUCAGAAAACUUUGGGCUGUAGAAUAAUCAAGCCUGAAAAAAGCAGCACCUAAAACUCGUUUUAUUGAUAGAAUGGAAUUUAAUACAUUUUACAUAUGCUUCAUGCAAUGAAUUUUGCAUGUUUAGUAAUAACUCUUAAUAAUAAGGGUUAAUAAUAAGCAGAUCUAUAUUACUGACAUAAUCGUAUCAAGCAUAAAGAGUAUUAUAAAAAUUUUAUAAAACAACUUGUGCUUUAUUUGUGAAAGUUCUUGUUCUGGAUGACACCAUUUAGGUUUAGCUAAAUGUUUUCUUGCUACUGUUUUGAUUUUUACUUUAGGUUUUGAAUAUUGUUACUGGCUUAGGGUAUAAUCUCUUUUUUUUAAAGUAGAUAUACUUUUAAAUAAUAAUUGCUACCUGCAGGUUUUAUACGAGGUUCAAUUAGGCUUUCAUUUCACAUCUGCUUAUUACUUGCAGAGAAGGAAAUAGACUUUAUUUGCAAUGAUGAAGACUGUAAUUAAUGCAAUCUUCUCCUCUCCUAUCACUUAGAUAAAAAAUUUUGAUAUUUCCUCAUACUACUUACCAGAAGAUAUUAACUCAAAUAUCAGUAAAUAAUGUUUUGUGCAUAUUUUGGUUUUGUUACAGCAUGUAAAAUAGUAGUUGGUGCAUUUCCCUUUUUUUUCCUCUCCUGCCUUGAUCCCAUUAGCAGCCACAGGCACUUUUUGUCUGUCAGAUGUGCAUGAUGAUGCCAGAAGCAUGAUGUCUCUGUUGCUGCAUGCAGACUGAUUACAGUUUUUCCAGCAUGUAAACAUAUUCAAAAAGUAAGAUAUUUGCCAUAAAAUACUUCCAUUUAUACUAGAAUAUGUAAUGGGGUGGGGUGGGAGGGGAACCUGCUUUCUAAUCAUCUUUUAUGACAAUAAAACAUGGAACCUGUGCCAAAGAUUCUGUCAGAAAGAUCCAGUCCUGCCAGGUGGGAGCCACAGGGGUGGGUUGGACCUGGGGGUGCCCUGGGGGAGCUGGGCAGGUGUUCAGGGAGACGUGGUUGGAUGUGAAGGGUGACAGUGUCGAGCUUCUGCACCUGCAGGGCCCUUGGGAAACGUGGCUUUGGGGCCAGGAUGUGCAAUUUCUGCCCCCCAGAAGUCCAAUUGCUGCCCUGGCUCAGUCCUUUUGUACCCCAGCUCCCACCAGGAGCAUCUUGGAGUGAUCAACCCCUGACAUUCCAAGGUGUGGCUCACGAGGGGCAUUGGCCAACUGACAGGAACUCAGAUCAUUGCCUAAACAAACAGGGCUCCAAGCUUUUCAAACAUUUUAGGAGUAAAAUUUUUAAACUGUUCUGUGUCAAAUAUGUUGUCAUCCAAGACUGGGAGUUCAUUUUCUCCUUUGUGCAUUAUGUACUUCAAAAACAAUGGGAUUCACCAUAAAGCAUGUGGCCUAAUGCAGCAUUCAUGACUUCUCUUCUCUUCUCUUCUCUUCUCUUCUCUUCUCUUCUCUUCUCUUCUCUUCUCUUCUCUUCUCUUCUCUUCUCUUCUCUUCUCUUCUCUUCUCUUCUCUUCUCUUCUCUUCUCUUCUCUUCUCUUCUCUUCUCUUCUCUUCUCUUCUCUUCUCUUCUCUUCUCUUCUCUUCUCUUCUCUUCUCAAUAUUAUUAGCCUGGCAAUGUUUAGUAAAAUGCUGUAGAAGACAAUAGGUUGAAUUAAGAUAGCAGAUUACUGGGUCUCAGAUUUUAAUAAAGAAGGGGCUCUCAACUAUGCCAGUCUGCCAAGAGGUGCCAUUGUGCUUGUUUUUAAAAUGUGAAGUGAAAAAGACACUUUUGAAAAAGGAAAAUGCUGGGAGAAAUACCAGCAUCCAGGUUUGGGGAGUAAGCAAAGCAGAACAGGGGCAGAACUGAACCAAGCCAGAAACCAGGCAGGAGCUCCCUUGGGGAGAUGUUGCCACAGUUCUGUUUUCCUGAUGAAAUCUGAGUUUUCCAAGGAGGUCCCAGUGCUGGCAGAGUUGUGACAGUCAGUGCUGUUGACACCAGGGCCCAGCAUCACAGGGCUGCUCUGACACUGGGACAGGUCUGGUUUAACACUGAGACAGAGCUGCUCCUUUUCUGGCUGCUUCUCAUGCCCAGUUUCUUCAGGCCUUGUGGUUGUCUCCCAGUUUUUCUGUCGUAGAAGCAGAAAUUCCUCUUUAGUGUCAUUACCUCAGGUCCCCGGGCUUGUGACAGACAUGCUGUCUUCUGGAGGUUCCUGAAACACUUAGGAAAAGGUACUGUGAACUCCUGGAUCCUGCAGGAGCAAGGCAGGGUUGGAUAAAGCAGGGAUUAGCUGUGUUACCCCUGACUGCUCCUCAUGGUGCCCUCACAUGCUCUGACCUUUCCUGAGAACUCCCGCUGGCUGCUCAGAAUCCAGAAACUUAUGGCAAGGAAAACCUGAAGAAUCCAACCAGAACUUUCAUAUCUUUUCAGAGACAGCUGUUAUUUAUAUAAUAUUUUUCACAAGAUUUGGUUUUUCUGGAGAACAUGUAUCAACAGAAGGAGAGGCAUUAGAGCUGCUUCUCUUUCACUUGUGUUUGAUAGCAAGUGUAAUCCCAACACCCACGUUGCCACCAAGAUUCCCAAAAGGCAAAUUGGAGAUUGUGCUGCUCUGAAGCUGGGGUGGAAGUUUUGGGAGCUGUAAUUGAAAAUUGUACUGCACUGAAGCUGGGGUGGAAGUUUUGGGAGCUGUGUUUCCAUCCCUGUGCUGGAGGCCCAGAUGGUUCCAGGGCAGCCCCAUUUCCGCUGGGAGAGGCACAGGUUUGCCAUGUAAAUCUUCCAAGGGGUUUUCAGGGAUCCAAUGGAAUUUAACUGGCUCCUAGGCAAAUUCUGUCAUUAUUCAGGCAUCUGGAUGCUCUUGUGCACCUUGCAGUGGCCAGAGCAGGGUGGUGGGAUUCCAGGACAACCAUUUCACCCACCGGCCAGGCUCCGUGCUCUCAGCAGGGCUGGCACAUGUGUGAGAAGGAGAGAGCACAUUCCUGUGAUAAAAUAGUCCUUUAUCCAGUUUGGAGGAGAAAUCCAAUUUGACUUUCUGAUUCUUCAUUCUUUCCAGAAAGACAAUUAAAUUUCCUUUUAUAAACUGAAGAAAGUUCUUCUGGAAAUCAGCUGUUAGUUUGAAAAAAACUCCUCACGUCUGAAUGCUGCUGGCCUUUGAAAUCCAUCCUGUCUUUUGGGGUGAAUCCAAUUCAGUAAUUCUGGGCUUCUAUAAAAUUAAUAAAGUCGAGCAAGAGAGGAACUUGUCUUCUAGCUGGAACGAUGACACAUCCAAGGGUGGAGUGGUACCAGCUGAAAAGUGUUUUCUGAGCCAGUGCCUCUGGAUGCAAUCCCAGCUCAAUGCCAUAGGAGACACAUGCAGUGAGCAGGGGGGCAGAUCCUCCUUAUUGUGCAAAGCAUAGCAUUGGAAAUAAUUAAUAAUAAUAAUCCAAUAAUAAAGCUUUGAUUCAAGUAGAAAGCAUAUUUACAGUAUCUCGAGUUUACAGUAGGCUUUUGGACCUGCCAGGAAACUUCUGGAAAUAUUUAAUGUGAUGUUCAGUUCUUUUAGUCAUUAGCAUAAGUUAUUGUACAUAGUUAUUGUACAUUUGUCUUUUUGCAGACGUGAGUGUGGGCUGUGCUUGAUGUGUCCCCUCUGUAGGUGGGCACUGAGCUGCCAAGUAGUCAAAAAGUAGACAAGCUAAAAAGCACAUUUUUCCCUCAGCCCCUCGCUCACAGACGGGAUCUGAAAUAGCUGAGUUGCAGAAAUAAGUAACAUUUGACUCCAUACAUGCAUGAUUCCCUCACUGUGCCAGUAACAACUGGGAAUUAAAUAAUUAAAUAGCCUUAUCAUGAAUAUUGUUCAUGCACUACAGCCCCAGGAAACCCUUGAGAGGGAGAGGCCACUUGUCAUCCUCUCUGCCUCACCUACCUCGCCUGCAGAAUGGGGUGAUGAUACUGACUGACCCCACAGGGAGGGCUGAGGACUUCUUAGGCAAUGUUUCUAAUUCACUUUUAACCUGGAAAGAGUUGUGUAAGUAUUAUUAUAAUUUUUACUAUGAAAUCAGCUUCUUGGAUUCACAUGGUACUGCUGGCUAUGCCAUGCUGUUUCUACUUUUUUAUAGAACUUUAGUAACUCUGCUGAAACCGUUUGAAGAGAAAUAAAAUCAGAUCUGACACGUUUCUUACAGAGUCUGGAGUCCAGCUUUUGUACCUGGAGUCAGGGUGUGAUGGGGAGUGAUGCUUGCUGAUUGUGUGGGUCAGCUGCACUUACCUCUUUGCCAGCUACUGAGAUUUUUAUGUGCAAUUUAAAAAUUCCAUGUGGAUGGAAGUCUUAGCAGAACUGAUAAUUGGAGGGAGAGGUUCCCUUUGGGUAAAUAAAGUCAGCACAGCUGUUUUCUAGCACCGUUUUUACUGACUCCUGCUGAAGGAGGAGCUCUGUUCUUUGUGCAGCUGGUUUGUCCAUGACAGGCUGAUAUUUUCUGUUGAUAUUUUAAUGUAUUUCUGUGUUGUAAAUGUGUCUUUGUGCUUCUUUUUUUUCCUUGUCUGUGACAGCGUAGCUCAAAUUUAAAAGAAAACUGCUCCAGAAGCUGUUUUUUUCUUCCACUGAUGUCAGUUGACCUAAAUAAAUAAAUUAAGUCUGUUAAUGAUUUGAAACAGUGCAGGAUGAGUAGCAAAAACAUUGACACAGCUGCCAUUGAAGCUCAUUUCUCACUGGUCACAUUGGACACUCUGCAGCUGAUAUUUCAUUAGUUUUGUAAUUAAUUAUGACAGGACCGUUUUAAUAGAAAGGAAAAUGAUGUUCAUGAUCUCUACAAACAUUUUCCUGAGAACUAUAUGAAUUUCUUUUCCUUCUCUCUGAACCCCUUGGGGUGACGCUGCCCAGGGCUCUGUCCCUCCAGAGCUUCACACACUCCUGGCUUAAAAAUCUUCAAAUUAACAAACCAAAGCCACUGCAAGGCACCCAGGGAACCACAGAGCUCCCUGGGUGCUGAGUGCUUGGCCAAGGGCCCCAUUUCACUGAAAAUAUUAAUUAUAUUAUGUUUGUACCCACUGUUGGCCUUGGAAUGUAAAAACAAUGCUCUUCCAGGAGUAAUAAAAAUUUAAUCUAUGGCUCCUUCCCCAAACCUUUCAUUUGUUCUCUCCCAUGUUAUCAAAAUGUAUGUAAAAAAAAAUAAAUUUCAAUAAAAUGAAGCUGAUUGCCUCUUUCUAAAAGGAGCAUUUCUCAACACUCUGUGGUUUUACACAACUAUACAGAGAACACCUGAAACUUCUCAAAUGACUGUAUGCUACUCAAUUUUUUUAAUCAUUAAGUAAUCCCACCUUGAACUCAUUAAUAUUUUUAAUAUUAUUUUAAGACCCAAAUGUUGUAUUUAUAUAGAGGAGAACAUUAUUUAUUUUCAUAUCAUUUAUCUGCAAGAUGCUACUAGAAAAUUUGGAGAGGCCAUCCAUUUUCAGAAGAUUUUUUAAAAACCCAACCAUUGGAAGUGUAGUGGGCAAGACUGAUGUACAAAUUACAGCAUCUUUUUUUUUGUUUGUUUCAUAACUCGCAGUAUCUUCAAUCUUUGUUUGCAUGAAAUGCUUUUGUUAAGUAUUAAUUGUAGUUUCAAAGCAAGUGUGUAUGAAUAAAAAUACUGAUCAUUA